AUGUACUUCCCUACCAUCAUCACCACCGCCCUCUUGGGCGCUUCUAUCACCGUUGCGGUCCCCGCCUCCACAAGCGAAACCAAGCGAGCAACACUCUGUUCCGGCCUCGAGAGCGAGCCUCAAUGCUGCGCCCUCGAUGUGCUCGGUAUUGCUGAUCUACAGUGCGACGCCCCUCCCAUGAACACUACUAGUGUCGCGGAUUUUGUAAGCCUCUGCGCCUCUCUGGGACUCGAGGCUCAGUGCUGUGAUAUCGAUGCCCUCGGCGAGGCGCACGAGCUCUUUUCUACCACAGCGACCUCAUCGGCUACCACAUCGUCACCCUCUGGAUCCGGCCAGCUAGGCAGCGGUAGUCUUGGGAGAUUGGUCCUGCCUGCGGUUCAUCAAGGUCGGGAUCACAUGCUAAGUCUAAUCAACCCUAUGAAGGAAGAGGAUCUGCGGAGAUAUCUGAGAGGCGAUCUGGAUGUCGACGGUCUGAACAAGGUCCACAAGCAUCUCUGGUUUGCUGGGCUCCCUCAAUGCGCACGACCACUGCACCAUCAGCUUAUGAUCGAUCGGAAGAUAAUCAUCACGGAACGAGCAGACCUGCACUUGCUAUGGCAAGAUGAGCGUCUCUACCUCAAACCCUUGCCAGACUAUCUGCUGAGCUACGAUAUUUGGGAAGGGACCCUACUGAAAGAUUGGUGUCUCUCCGAAAAUGCCAAAGGCUUUCUGUUGUCCUACCUCUGGCUGAUUCGCCAAAAGAGUGAUUUGGUGAUUGCCCAACGCAACAACCUAGUCAGCAACGAUCUUACCUGGGAGCAUUGGAUCUCUUUCAGCACGGCUGUCUUUCCAAACAUCGUAUCUGAUACGUUCCAGGGUAUUAGUCCUCGAUAUCUAUACGGCGAACUUCGUCUCGGACGAGUCAACCUGAUCUACCGUCUUUGCCGUAAUACCAGAAACUUUGAGACGUUCGUUAGGGGUCACUUCUAUGGCUAUCAUACCUAUUCAAGCUUUAUAGAACAAAAUUUUGCUUGGGUCCUGACAGUUAUCGUCUACAUCACAAUUGUUCUGACAGCCAUGCAAGUCGGUCUCAGCACGACCGAGCUACAAACCAGUACCUUGUUCAAUCGAGCAUCUUAUGGCUUCACGGUCUUCUCUAUAAUGGCGCCGUUGGGAAUUCUGUUUGGUGUACUUGCUGUGCUUCUGAUGCUCAUCAUCUUCAACCUCAACUAUGCGGUCGAGAAACGCAUUAUCGCCGUUCAUGGUCUUGGCGCGAAUCCUGACCACGCUUGGGUGCGGCAUAAAAAUACGACUGCGGGACCCGAUAAAGAUGUGCGAUGGCUCACGGAUCUGCUACCGCAGACAUUCCGUGAUUUUGAACCCAGUAUCAGUGCUCGCAUCUUCUGUUUCAACUAUCAGUCUGCGUGGCUUGGACCGCAGCUGAGCAGGAACCGACUGGAAGGUCUCGCAGGGAGGUUGCUGGAUGAUGUCCACAAUGGCAGAGGCAAGAGUGGCACUGUGUCAGAUCGACCACUCAUCUUUAUUGGCCAUUCCUUCGGUGGACUGGUGAUCGAGCAAGCGGUAGUCCAAGCAAACUCUGCGGGGGGUAGGUAUGAGUAUCUCAUUAAGCUUAUUGGCGGCGUCGUCCUUCUUGGAACCCCUCACCAGGGAUCAAAGUCUCAAAAGUGGGGCUCGAUCCUGGCAAAUCUGGCCCGUUUAAUCGACUAUGGUGAGACCGGACUGAUGGAAGAGGUGGAUGAGAAGUCGAUGAAAAUAUUCGACCUAAUCUCUGAAUUCAAGAAAAUCAUGAUCAGCAUUGACCUGGCGAAGACAGCUGUCAUAUGCUUCUACGAGAAUCAUCCGACGAACUAUUUGUCGCGGGUGAUCAAGACCGGACCGUGGCUUCAGAGACAAACGUCAUCCGUGGUUGUUGAAGAGACGUCGGCGGUGUUGUCCGGAUUCUAUUCCAUCGUCUUGGAUUCGGACCAUUUGAAGUUGAACAAGUUCGCAAGUCCACAGGACGGGAACUACAUGUCUGUGUCCUCGAACCUGUGCAGAAUAGCGGCAGCAGCGCCCGAAAUCUUUCGAAGCCAUCGAAAAGGGACGGCGUCUAAUCAGGACAAGUACUUUUUAGUAUCUCGAGAACGAGUCAAGGAUUUUAUUGGCCGUGAUAGUCUGCUUGACCAAAUUUGGUCGCAUUUCUCCCGCGACCAAACAGGACCACCGCCAUGUUUGAUCCUCCACGCCCUUGGAGGGCAGGGUAAAAGCCAGAUUGCGUUGGAGUACUGUCGAAGGUGGCGAGAAACGUACCGUGGUGUCUUCUGGAUCAACGCCAAUUCUGAGAUGACGGUCACGCAAUCAUACGCUACGAUUGCGGCCGAACUGCCGGGAGGAUCAUUACACGGGACAGAUGAUAGCGCCGCUUUGAUCAAGGUGGUCAGAGAACGUCUAGAACAGUGGAGUGAAGCGUGGUUAUUGGUGUUUGAUAACUACGAUGAGCCUGAGCGACUCCCUGCAAUCAGGCAAUUCAUUCCAACCAAGGGGCACGGUCAUGUCCUUUUUACCAGCCGUAAUCGAGAUCUCAGUCGACUCGGCACGCUUCUUGAAAUCCCACCGAUGGCGGCGGACGAGGGCGUAAGGCUUUUACUGCGUGGGUACGACGUUAAUGACAUACAACAAGCACACCACGACGCGGCGUUGAGAAUCGUCAACCGCCUGGGUCAACUCGCUCUUGCUAUCGAUCAGGCAGCCGCGUACAUCAAGUACAAAAGGAUGCCGCUAGAUCGAUUAGGAGAUUUCCUGACCACGUACGAGGCCGAGCGACGUCGAAUUCUCUCCUAUACCCCGAAAAUUCUUUGGGAGUAUCGGAAGAUGCAGAGUCAAGGACAAACGGAACCUAUCAGCGCCUUCACUACAUGGGAAAUGUCCUUUCAGCAACUAGGGUCAGGAGACGAGCCGUGGAAGAAAGUUGAGGCACAUUUCCUGACAUUGUCUGCUUUUUUCGCUCCUACUUCAAUCACUGAGUCUCUUUUCCGCUACUAUCACGAAAGAUAUGGCGGUAAAGUAGAAUGGAUACAGAAAUUCAGCCUGGCCGAUGGGGACGAGGGGGACGAGGAGGACGAGAAGUCGGGCAUGCUGUCUUCCGGCGGUGGAACUCAUGGUACGUGGGAUUCUGAUCGAUACUGGGACAUUGUCGACAAGUCGGCCGAACUGUCUCUGCUGCAAAGCGUCUCCCCAGGAACAGGCCAGCAGGGAGCAAGUUUUUCCUUGCAUCCGCUUAUCCGAGACUGGUUGCAGCUCCGAUUGAAAGGAAAGGAGCGCCAAAAGUAUACGCAGGAAGCGAUCGAGGUCUUAGCAUGCUGUGCGAAGGCAUACGGGAUUCGCUCGACUAGUUUGGAGGAAAGGACAGCGCUGAUAACGCACAUGGAUGUGUCCUUGUCAAACGAUGAAGAAAUCUUGGAGCCGCAAGACAGACUUGGUUGUAAUGUUGCAAAUCGCAAAGCGGCAAGCUGGUUUGCAAGUUUCUAUGCGCAUCAAGGGCGAUAUCGUACAACUGAAUCCCUAUUUCGCCGUUUGGUAGAGACUCUUAAGAGUAAAGUAAGCGAAGAGCAUCCUUUGACGCUAGUGCGCAUGAGCAAUCUAGCGAUGACCUUGAAAAUUAAUGGCAAGUACGAAGAGGCUGACUCAAUACACCGACAAACCUUGAGGCUGAGGAAGAAGGUACUGGGGGAGAAUCAUGUUGAUACCUUGAUAAGUAUGCACGACCUGGCAUCGUUAUUGAGUGAACGGCGCAAACUUGAAGAAGCAGAAUCACUAUGUCGACAAACAAUAAAGUUACGAGAAACGGAGUUGGGAAGUCAGCAUCCUGAUACCUUGUCAAGCAUAAGCAUGUUGGCCGACAUACUGGGCAAUCGAAAGAAAUAUGAGGAGGCCGAAGAACUUUUCCGCUCGACAUUGCUGACGCAAGGAACGGUAUUGGGCAAAGAACAUCCUCUUACAUUACGAACUAUGACCAACCUUGCGGUUGUAUUGCGGAACCAAGAGAAGUACGAUGAAGCCGAACAAAUUGAUCGAUCGGUAUUGAUGACGAGGGAAAUCGUACUCGGCAAAGAACAUCCUAAUACAUUGACUACUAUGAGUAACCUAGUGAGAUUAUUGAUUCUCCAAGAAAGUUACGACGAGGCCGAGCGGGUGGGUCGACAGACAUUGAUGAUGCAAAACAUUGUAUUGGGUAAUGAACAUCCUGAAACAUUGGAGAGCAUGAACAAUUUGGCCGUGCUUUUAAUGUACCAAAACAAAUACGAAGAGGCCGAGCGGAUGGGCCGACAGGCAUUGAUGAUGGGAGACACGGUAAACGGCAAAGAGCAUCCUGACACGUUGUUGAGUAUGGAGAAUGUGGCAUGCUCGUUGAUGGGGCAACGCAAAUACGACGAGGCCGAGCGGUUAUAUCGACAGGUAUUGAUGCUGAGAGAAAAGGUAUCAGGCAAAGAGCAUCCUGAUGCGUUGUUGGGUAUGAAGAAUCUGGUGUACCUGUUGAUGAGGCGAGGUAAAUACGACGAGGCCGAGCGGAUGGGCCGACAGGCAUUGAUGCUGAGAGAAAAGGUAUCCGGCAAAGAGCAUCCUGAUACGUUGUUGAGUAUGGUGAAUCUGGCGAACACAUUGAGGAGGCAAGGCAAAUACAAAGAAGCCGAGCGAACAUUUGAGUGGGGAGACGAAGGAGAGGGGAGCGGCGGUGGGGAGCGACGCGACGAGGGAGAUGGGAACGAACGGUUGCGGCCAAGGAUAACAGGAGUAAUGGCGAGGAAGCUGCCAUUAUCUAGCAAAUUGUCUCCUCACUAUAAAGGCAGACGGAGAAAUACGAUGUAA